GAAAUCUUUGCUGUUUCCUCGAAAGAUUUACGCACGAGCGAUCGUGGGCUUCAUUCGCAAGAAGAACACAACGACGCCUUGCUGGUCUGCCUGUUGUUUGUUUCGUCCUUGCUGCACCGCUGUAUCCAUCCAUCCAUCCACCUCAGCCGCAUUGCAGCGCUCGUGCGUGCCUGAGUGUGUGCGCGUUUCACCCCACACAAGAGGCAGCGGCAGUAGCAGCAAAGAGAUUGAAGACUGGCGCCAAGGCAGUCUCACACAACACACGACCACAUCGCAUCACCAGACAACACAAGACAACACUUCACACAAAACAAGACCACAACUCACACACAACUCACACACACAACACAAGCAACAGAACAACACUACCCCAGUCACAAUUCAUCAUCAUGGCCAGCAACAGCACAAGCAGGGGUUCAUUGGCGCUGGCGCUUGUGGUGGUGGCUGCGCUGGUCGCGAGCACCACUGCCGACAUGUACUUGCAAAACAUGCGCGGCUCCAACAACCGUCUUGAUGAGGCUCGUCGUGACAGAAACAACGCCAACAGGCUGUUUGAUUCGCAGAACAACAACCGUGGCGGGUACAACGUGGGCUCGCUCAACUACUACGAGGGCGAAACCAUCCCCUUGGAAUGGACAAACCAGCACGCGUGCGGCAACGACUACAACGACUGCCAGAUUGUCAUCCAGUACAUGUGCUCAGACAACCUGCGCGACGGCGUCACCACGCGAACCAUCCCAGACCAGCCCUCCAACUGCCUCAACAACGACUGCAACACAGACGUGCGCUACGGCAUGCACGAGGACUACGACUACUACGUCAACUGCAAGUACCGCAUGCGCAACCGCGGCCUCUUCACCUCAGACCGCAACCUCCGCGGUAACACCGCCAUCUACACCCGCCAGAACAACAAUGGCGCCCGCCACGGCUUUGAGUGCCCCGAGGAGCGCGACCACUACCCGUACUGGCACCCAACCCCCUGGAUCGACUGGGUCAUCUUCACCAACAACGCCUCCCGCUGCGACGCAUACCGCAACCAGAGCGAGAACGUGCUCGGCAGGAACUACUGCGCCAUCCCCGACACGUGGUACCACCACAAGGUCGCCACGGGCGGCAACGGCCGCAACGGAUUCAUCCCAAACACAAAGGAAACGUGCGAGGCCCUCAACGAGGAGGGCUCCGAGAUGGUCGCCUUCCUGCGCGAGCAGCGCUCCCCCGCGCACGAGCAGCUCCUCGCCACCGUCGAAGCCGAGUUCCAGAGGUGCAUCGCCGACAUCCGCUCCUGCUUCGACAACGCCUGGGACAACAGCACCCUCCAGGUCUGCCUGGACGACUGGCGCGUCAACCGCACCAUCACCGCCGCAGAGCUCGAGGCCCUCUGCCCAGACUGCCCAGGCAGCAACGUCGUGCACCCAGAGUCCAUGUCCACCUGCCCGCUCUGCGUGCCCAGCGAGUGCGUGAACACGCGCGUCCUCAGCGCGUACAACGCCACCCUCAACGCCACCUGCCCCGAGAACUUUGUCCACGACACGGUCAACGCGUCCUACUGCGUGCAGAGCUGGUGCCCGGCCGCCUACAACGACUCGCUCGCCUUCCAGCAGGAGGCGGACCGCUGCCGCGCGUCGCACCUCAACGCCACGGGCCUGCACCUCGUCAGCGACCAGGACAGCUCCUGCAUGCACCGCGAGGUCAUCGAGCGCGAGUGCUUCCUGCAGAACCUGCCGCGUGCCCGCUGGGCGCGUGCCCCGUCCCACUCGGAGGUCUACCCGCACGUCCGCCCGCCGCAGUGCAUGGAGGCGGACUGGUCACGCGUCAACCACCUCGGCAACGGCGUCGGCGGCCAGACCAACGGCUGGAACCUCACCUACCCGGGCUUUGCCCACGAGCGCUGCGCCACCCGCAUCCGCUACAACAUCACCACCUGGGACUACGCCGGGCUCGACCCGCACAACGCGGGCCAGGUCAACAGCAGCCUGAACAAGGACCAGGGCAACGGGCCCGCGCACAUCAACGUGGCCGGCGCACACGGCAUCCAGACCUCGGACAGCGCGCGCCCCUGGGAAAACGCCCGCGGGUACCUCUUCGAGCAGAACCCGCAGGUGCAGAUUUUCGACUUUUUCUCGCAGCGGCUCUUCUGCGCAGACCCGGAGCUCACGAUUGAAGGCGACCCGACGUACUGCUACACCCGCCUCGCAAACGGCUCUGUGGACUACACGGGCCGCCAGCCGGCGUCGCGGUUCUUCUGCCCCGUGUACUACCCCGAGGUGGCCGUCGACCCCGCAGACCAGACGUACAAGUGCUUCAACGGCACGGGCUUCCUCCCCGGGUCCUCCGAGGACAAGGACUUUGACCUGCAGCUGGCCAUCAACACGGCCCAGCUCGGGCGCACGUUCCAGGACCGCUCCCACCGCUACAAGUCGACCCUGCGCGACGACGAGCUGCGCAAGCAGUGCGACGGUAUCUUCUCCCUCAACGUGCGCGGCAAGCGCGGCAACAUUGUGCAGACGUUCCCCGGCACCGAGUACGACUUCACGCCAAACCGCCUGCACAUUCGCGAGGGCGACUGCGUGCACUUCCAGUGGACGGGCUCCAACACCAACCCCAACCACAACGACGGGCAGGGCAAGCAGGGCACGGACCGGUCCAACGUGGCCCUCCUCGAGUACGUGCGCGGCCAGUUUGGGCGCGGCGUGGAGAAGGCCGGUGGGCAGGGCGCCGACGGCACCUUCUGGACCACAAAGGACCAGGAGCCCGGCCUUGAGGGCUGGCGCCCCAACAUGUACCCGACCAUGGGCGACUACCCCUGCCCGCCAGAGGACCAGCCCACGCUGACGGAGCCGCACCCGUACAACUGGCGCCUGUGCUACGAGCCGUCGAGCAAGUGCGAGUGGAUUGACCGCCCCACGGAGACGGCGCAGGCUGGCGGCAGCGACGGGCAGGACGCGUCCGUGCUGCUCGACUGCCCGCAGGACUACGAGGUGGAGCCCGCCAACGAGCUCAAGUGCGUCAGGAGCGAGUGCCCGCGCGCAGACCGCCCCACCAACUGGGAGCAGCGGCCAGCGCGCGUGCGCCUGGAGGACAUUGGCGUGCCGGACAAGUACAAGCACGGCGCGUGGGGCAUGUCGCACCCGGAGCACCUGGACAACGUCACCCGCGACGGCUUCCUCGGCAUGACGUACCAGCAGCUGGUGGACCUGUCCACCCUCAACAACGUGCAGCUGGGCGGCGAGAUGUCUGAGCUCGAUGACGCAGGCACGUACUUUGACAUCAAGCCGCACCGCGUCACGGGCGUUGGCACCUACCACUACAUGUGCACGCGCAACAACAACUUCUCCAACCGCAGCCAGAAGGGUAAGAUUGUGGUGACGGAGGCGCCGCAGACGACGGCGCCCAUUGGCAGCCGCGGCGGCAUUGUCACCAUGAGCACCGAGGACACCUUCUCUGGCGUGCGCACGGACGAGGUGGCCAUUGAGCUGAGCGACUUCUCCGUGAACAUCGAGCCAAAGUCCCUGCCGAGCCUGCAGCACAUUGGCCUGUCUGCGAUUGCCACGGGCGGCCGGAACCGCGGCCUGAGCACCGCUGGCAGCGACAUUCUGCAGGUCACCCCGCUGGACCUCGCCACCAUUGUGCAGUUCCUCGACACGACGCUGCAGCUGGCCAACACGCGGCGCGAGGGCGUCAUGAUCCGCGAGGACAUCCGCGUCACCGUGCGCAUCCUGGACGCCACGCAGCUCUACUACCGCCUCACCUCGGACGCCUUUGAGCCCUGGGCCCGCCAGUACUACAGCGACACGGGCAACCUGCCGUAUGUGCAGGUGGAGUUCAAGACGGCGCAGCGCCAGCACGCCGUGGUCAACACCACCUUCAACAACCAGUUUGAGAUUGAGGGCAUCUGGGGCAGCAUCUCGCCCGCGUCCCUCUCUGCGAUUGAGGCCGGCGACAUGUGGGUGAGCCUGUGGUUUGACGGCAACACGGAGUACACGGCUCUGCCCGAGCGCGACCCAGAGUCUGGCAAGCCCAUCACCGUGCGCAUGCCCGUGACAGUGGCCAUCUCCUACGGUGACGUGUACUACUUCCCAGACACGCCCGCCGGCCGCGCGUGUGUGUACAACGGCACCAGCUGCCAUCAGAUUCGGCGCAAGAUCCCCAACGCACGCAUCCGCAACGGGGAGGCCGUGUUCCAGGUGGGUGGGUCCGCAGCCGCUCCGGCUGGCGGCUACUACCAGGUGAGCGGCGGCAGCAACCUUCCGCUCAUUGUCAGCGUCACCAUCUCCUGCAUCAUCCUCGCCCUCGUCAUUGUGGGCUGCGCCGUGUACUUCCGUCAGCACCCCGACAAGUGGCAGCGCGUGCGGCAAUGGGGGCCAAACAAGUACCGCAAGUUUAUGCUCUCCAUCGCUGACAACAUUUGAGCAGCAGCAUCACCUGAGCUAAACCGAGGCACAUUCAUGUGGUCCUCUCUGCCGCUCUCUGCUGCUCCUUGACAAGCCCCCCCCCACACACAUCUCUCCCUUAACCUGAGAGCCCUCCUUGUGUGUAUGUUUGUGUUUUGGUGUUCUUUUGUGUCCUUUGUGGGCGCCGCGUCGCUUGGCAUCAAACGCGUGUCAGUGUUGCUGUUGUCAUGGCGCAGCAGACGCGAGGCAGAUCCUUGUACAUUGUCCAUGUGUAGUCGUUGUCUUGGUGUUGUGUUUGAGUUGUUUGCUUGGUUCGUUGUUGCUGUGUCUUUUUGUGUGCAUUUUCGCCAUCAUCUGUGCGCACGUACAUGGGCGCUCUUUGUGUGUCUCUUUUUGUGUGUUUGUUCGCCUCUUUGUUUGGCGUGUAGCGUACCGGUGUUGCAUCACAUGCUUGCACUGACGUGUUCUCUCUUUUACUUGAACUGUUCUGUCCGCCCACCGCCUUUCCUUGUGGUCUUUCGUUGUGGCUGUCAAGUUCACACAUCCCUGUUACUCCUCAUAGUGUUUGCUGGUGUGUGAUUUUGUUGUUGCUUUGCGCGUUGCUUUAUGUUGCACCGCCAACCCGACCAUGCCUGCUUGCAAGGCGUGUCAGUGGCGGUGAUGAGCAUUGUGCGUGUUUGGCUGGCCGAGCAUGCAUCGUUCUUGUCCUGUGUGUUUGUUGUCGCUGUUUUUAAGUCGUGGUUGUUCCCGUAGCGCCAUUUCCGUUUGACAAUUCGUCCAUACACGAUUGAUUGCAGCAA